AUCGCAAUCACUUCCUAACCUCCCCCUUUUUAACAUAUUUGAUCACUUUGAUUCUCUGCUCGCUUUCUUAUUAUUUUUUACGCGCAUGAAGGAGGUUCUAUAGGUUGUGAUCUUUUUUGUUUUAUUAUCACUCCUGCCUGCCGGAGAGUUGACUUCAUAUUUGACUCAAGCACAGGCUUUCAGCUGCGCGCUGCUGCUGGCGCUACCUCAUUUGAAGAAAAGGAAGAAGCAGCAAUAUUUCUGCCAGUUGUUGGUUUUCUUCAAGACUUGCGCUGGAACUUGGUGUCGCUCGUUGCCAGUAUCUACAUCAGCUGUAGCCUAUGUUUUCAGCGCUUCUGACCGCCGCUUAUCUCGAACUUACCGGUCCGUUUCUAUAAUAUCUCUUUUACCAUCGUAAUUAUUUUCCUUUUUCCUUGAUGGGUUUCCUGGAUGGAUGACUGCAAGCGCCCCUGGACUUGGCCCCUAAGAGCAAGGCUGCGAUUCAGCUCGUCCUCGUAUCAGUUUUAACCACAUGCCAAGUAACGCAUUUCUAAUAUCGAAGAAAUAGGCUUCUGUUUGUCAUCUGUGCGCAAGUUUCAACGGACAAUCAGACUCUACCGUACCGAUACCGAGUUAUUUAUUUGACUGUCUCUAUCGAUUAAAAACACACUGCUGCAUUAUUUUAGAAACAAAGCACUACGAAACCAAAAACGGAAGACAAAAAGUUUUUUAACGCUGACUGAUAGAUAUGGCAAUGGUAGUGUGGAGAGGCUCCCAGGACGAUGUGGCUGAGACCCAGGGUACACUUUCAUCGCAAGCCCAAGGAGGACUAUCGCUUCCGACCCCACAACCAGGCCAGUUGAAUCUGACGGCCUCUCAGGUUGCCCCUCCGACCCCACAGACACCCGUUCAAGGACCUCCGAACAACGCACAGUCUACUCCGACGAACCAGACGACGCAGAGUCAAUCGGAAAAACAGCCACAGCAUAUAGAAUGUGUGGUUUGCGGGGACAAAUCGAGUGGCAAACACUAUGGCCAGUUCACAUGCGAGGGGUGUAAAAGCUUCUUCAAACGCAGCGUACGAAGGAACCUCACUUACACAUGCCGUGCCAACAGGAAUUGUCCCAUUGACCAGCACCAUCGCAAUCAGUGUCAGUACUGCCGCCUCAAAAAAUGCCUCAAAGUUGGCAUGAGACGGGAAGUUUCUCUUUUUACUGCAGCGGUUCAAAGGGGACGGAUGCCACCCACACAGCCUCACCAUGGUCAGUUCGCCUUGACAAAUGGGGACCCUCUGCACUGCCAUUCCUACUUAUCCGGAUAUAUCUCUCUUCUGCUGCGAGCGGAGCCAUACCCAACGUCCCGGUAUGGUAGUCAAUGCAUGCAGCCCAACAACAUCAUGGGCAUCGAGAACAUUUGUGAAUUGGCAGCCCGGAUGCUCUUCAGCGCGGUGGAGUGGGCAAGGAAUAUCCCCUUCUUCCCAGAUCUCCAGAUCACAGACCAGGUUGCUCUUCUCAGGCUGACCUGGAGUGAGUUGUUUGUGCUCAACGCUGCACAGUGCUCCAUGCCGCUCCACGUAGCUCCACUUCUGGCCGCGGCAGGCCUUCAUGCCUCACCAAUGUCUGCGGACAGAGUGGUCGCCUUUAUGGACCACAUUAGGAUCUUCCAAGAACAAGUGGAAAAGCUGAAAGCUUUGCACGUUGAUUCUGCUGAAUACAGCUGCUUAAAGGCCAUUGUGUUAUUUACUACAGAUGCUUGCGGCCUGUCAGAUGUGGCCCAUAUUGAAAGUUUGCAAGAGAAGUCCCAAUGCGCAUUGGAAGAGUAUGUACGGAGCCAGUACCCAAACCAGCCAACUCGAUUUGGGAAGUUAUUACUACGCUUGCCUUCACUUCGCACAGUCUCUUCUUCGGUCAUAGAGCAAUUAUUUUUCGUCCGAUUGGUAGGUAAAACCCCAAUUGAAACCCUAAUCAGGGAUAUGUUGCUGUCGGGGAGUAGUUUUAACUGGCCUUAUAUGUCCAUUCAGUAAGCAGAAGGAAUGAUCAAAGAGGCUAAGACUACAAUAGUUAGCGCUUCGUUUGUAGAAGGAAACGGCUGUUACACGAGUUUACUCACGAAGAAAGACACUUUCAUAAUGACUGUGAAUUUUAAAAUUGAGACAUUCAGUGAACUUUCAAAAUGCAGAUAUUGCUCCCGUUGUCAUUCUCAACUACUUGUUCUUAUGCUUUUUUUGUAUAAAAAAAGAAAAAAAGGAGAAAAAAAGGAAAAAAAGAAAAAGGAGAAAACAGAAUAAAAGGAAAAAUAAAGGAUUUUGAGAAUCCUUUUGGAGGAAUACGAAACUAUAAAGUGCAUUUAACACAAUAAUUUGAAGAAAUUUAGGAGACGAUAAUUUUUGUUUGUUUUUCAAAUUACUAUAUUGUCCUGUGUCCAUGUAUCUAUAGCUGUGUUCUGUAAUUUUUUCUUUUUUUUUCCUUUUUUUUUUUUUGUUCCUCCUUUCUGGUUCCAAACCGGCCUAUGUGAUUCUGUAGUAUGCAGGUGUUUUUUUUUUCUUUUUCUAAUAACCUUGACUUUUUAUUAAGCAAUUAAGUAAUGUAAAAUGUUCUUCAAGAAUUAAAACUAAAUCCACAGCAAUAUAGGAAAGGGUUAAUUUUAAUGCUGCAAGCGCACUUAUUCUGUUGAUGACCCUCAAUAAACAUGGGUAUGGAUUUUUGAAUUUCAGGUUUAAAUUCUAUUCAGCUGAUUAGGUUACCUUACCAAAUGAAAGGGCGGUCAAGACAGCAUACCAUGGUGUCCAUAUUUUUGUUGAAAGAGACACCCGAAAUGCACCGAUCCUUCAAGUUUUAGAAUACCUGUAUUCAAAAUGCAUCUGUCGACACUCGAUAGUUGCUCAACGCAACCACAAUGGUAUUAGUCCGUAGUCAUUACAUGGUGGUUUUAAAAGCUACGACGGUUUCAAAAGUAUUACAUGUGGUUUAGUCAAAGGUGAUCAAGUAAUUAUAUCUAAACAGAACAAACUGAUUUGGAAAAUAUGCGUAUUAAGUGUCCUUGCUCGCUGUUCGCGGGACACUUUCACUUUUUAAAAGUUAAAAGUUAAAAAACGAAAAAAUGCAUUCACCCAUAGUAUAUAUUGGAGGAUAGGGAAGGUCAAAGGUCAUUCGUCUUUGCCUACUGACGCUGGAAUAUUUGUGAACAGUAUUAAUACGGCGUCCCUGAUAUGUCACCCUAGACACUUCAUGCAUUUAAGUGCCUGUAAAGCGCAAAAUCCCCUAAAUUCUUCAUAUAAGUUAUUUGAGUAGUCUCUAUAGAAGUCCUGGGGAACAUGGUUAGAUUUGUCAAGUCCGUCUUAUGAUUGUGUAUUUCACUUGAAAAACACAACAGUCAGAGGCAGUAUUGUUGUAAAUAUAGGUCAAUUCAAUUCAAUGAGUUUUUUCUUUAUACAAAGUAUAUGUGAUUUACAAAAAAAAACUGUGGUUGCCAUUUUUUUCGGUAAUACAAUGUCUACAAAAUGAGUGGCAGACUUAGCUAGUAGCACUGAAAGUUCUGUUUGUAAUGUAUAUACAUAUUACAACAAAUGUUUUUUUUUUCCUUAUUUUUCUUUUACAUGUAUUUAGACUGUGAAUGCAUGGCCACAGGUCGCUAACCUAUUUUACCUUUGAUAUAUAUAAAUGUAAAUGUUUUUGACUGUAUAGAUAUAAUCUGUGCAUUCAGUACACUAGCCCGUGUAUUUAAAAAAACAAAACAAAAAAAAAAACAAAAAAACAAAAAACAAAAACAAAAAACAAGCAAACAAAAAGAAAAAAAAAUCAAAUAAUAGGCUAAGACUUAACAGGGUGAGCUGGUUUGGAAAAGGAUGGCUAUUAUGAUUUAGUGCUCUGCUCCUUUUACGGUCUGUAACAGAUGCCUUGUGUGUGUAUGUGUGAAAGCUUGCAAUUUCGUCCUUGUUUUGAGGCUUUUCUUCAACACACAAGACACCAUGUUGUGGUUGGAUAAAAAGGGAUCAUAUUGUGUAGUUGACUGAACAGUUAUCUUGGGCUGUUCCCAUGCCCCAUGGACCAGAGAAUGAUACAUGAUUGUAAUUAUGAACAGUUUAAACUGACCCACGUUUUU